AUGACAUCGGAAACGGCGAGGGAGGAACCGGUUGCAAUUGUUGGGGUAGCGUUUCGCUUACCAGGAGCGAACGAUGGAGCCACAUUGUGGAAAAAUCUAAUGAGCAGGACCGACUCGGUGGGCGUGGUCCAAUCGAGUAGAUGGGCAAUUGAGAAAGGUUGUCGUGGGCUCAAGGAUGAGGAAAAAUCUGUUCGAGCUGGCUUCAUUGAUAUCGACGUGGACAAAUUUGACUCAACUUUUUGGGGAUUGUCGCCACUCGAGUUAGGUUUCAUUGAUCCGCAGGCACGGCUCCUGCUGCAGUUAAGCUGGGAGGCUCUGGAGAACGCAGGAAUUCCAUCAAAAUCACUUCGUGGAACUGCGGCUUCUGUGCUUGUUGGCACUUGGAGGGAUGAGUAUAAGGACCUCAUCUUGACUGCUGGCACAACUGAAGGAGGGGAGGAGGUACGCCGUUACCUUGGAUGCUCAACCGGGAACUCGGCGGCAAGGAUUGCUCAAUUUUUUGGGACAAUAGGUCCAACCGAAGGGAUUGAAGCUGGAUGUUCGGCAUCCUCAUGCGCAAUAGGUGCUGCAGUGCGACAUUUGCGAGCAAAAAGGACCAACUUGGCCCUUGCUGGUGGAGCAAAUCUCAUCCUGAAGCCCUUCAAGUAUCAGGAUUUUCAGAAAAAUAUCAGUGAUGCAUAA